GCGAGGCGUUCUUCACCCUCGAAAACAAGAUGAAAACGCUUAUCGUCCAAGUCCCGGUUCUCCUCUUCCUCAUCAACUGCGUCCCAACAACUUCCCAGUCCCCAGCAGCCGCCCCUGCCCCGCCCGGGCCACCCAACGUGACUGCCAUCCUCGAGAAGGACGGCCACUUCACCGUGUUCAUCAAACUGCUGCAGAGCACGAAAGUCGCAGACAACUUAAACUCGCAGCUUAAUACCUCGAACCAAGGGCUAACAAUCCUAGCACCGCCAGACACUGCUUUCUCGGGCCUCAAAGUAGGCAUGCUGAACUCCUUCACGGAGGACCAGCAAGUCGACCUGGCGCAGUUCCACGUCCUGCCUUACUACCUCCCACAGUCGCGGUUUCAGACAGCGAGCAAUCCUCUGAACACGGAAGCCGGGGGCAGCUCACAACUGCUGGCAAUGAAUGUGACAACAAUAGGAAAUCAGGUGAAUAUAACAACUGGAGAGACGAAUGCAACGGUGUCAAGCACGAUAUACGACGAUAACGAGCUGGCAGUGUAUCAGGUGGAUAAAGUGCUACUUCCGCUGCGAUUUUACGUACCUCUGCCACCACCGCCUCCCUCACCGCCUCCGCCAAAAAAGGCAGCUCCGAAGGCUUCCCCUGCAUACAGUGGUCCUGUGGAUUCUCACGGUGCGAAACGCCAGCCCGGAAGAGUAAUCCUUGCAAUGAUCUGUGUCAUGUUAGCAGUUCAAUGAUGUGUCCUGUAAUUAAAUCCUUUAUACUCCAGCCGGCGGUGUAUCAGGUGGAUAAGGUGCUGCUUCCGAUGAGAUUCUACGUGCCACUGCGGCCGCCACCUCCGCCUUCGCCGAAGAAGCCGUCAGCGAAGGCGGCGCCGGUGGAGACUUCUGCUGGAAAAUGGAUGUACAAUUGUGCAAUGGCUGGUUUGGUGUUGGUAGUGGCAGCAUUGACAUAAUGAGUGGAAGAAGAGAGAUGGUGUUUUGUUUUACUUUCUUGGAUUUGGAUUUGUUGUGAUUUCUAAUUAAGUGUUGUUGUUAUGUGAUAUGAGUGGUUUGAUUUGGAAAA